AUGGCCGUCUUCAGCGUCAAGUCAUGGUCGGUCGUGGCACUUACGAGCCUGUUACCGCUGGUCUCUGCUCUCGGCCAAUCGCCCAUCGUCGCCUUUGAGAACGCUGAGGGGAGCUUCCAGAUUGCCGGUGGUGACGUGGGAACUGGUCAGAUCCGCGUGUCCGCCAAUGAAUACUGGGGCGUCAUCCGUGCUGCCGGCGACCUUGCGGCUGACUUUGGCCGCGUGACGGGAACGAACUACACCUUGAGCAAUGGCGAGAGCGGAGCCCAACCUGCAGCAUAUACCUUUGCUCCUGUUGACGUCACAAACAACACUCACUUCAGCACGACAGCCGAGGAGUCGCUUUCGGGCCCCGAAUACUCCGACCCUGAUGCAGGCAGCACCGUCAUCAUUGCCGGCACCAUCGGCCACUCGGAGAUUAUCGAUCAGCUCAUCGAGUCUGGCCUCAUUGACGUCGGCGAGGUCGAGGGCGAGUGGGAAGCAUUCGUCAGCCAGCUCGUUGAGAACCCUAUCGAGGGCGUCGCUCAGGCUCUGGUCAUCGCUGGCAGCGACCCUCGUGGCACUGUCUACGGCAUUUACGACGUCAGCGAGCAAAUCGGCGUCAGCCCAUGGUACUUCUGGGCCGAUGUCCCUACCCGCCAGCGGGAGAACAUCUAUGCUCUGUCCGAGCGCAAGGUCCAGAAGACGCCGUCCGUCAAGUAUCGCGGCUUCUUCCUCAACGACGAACAGCCUGGACUGUCCAGCUGGGUUGGCACGCAGUGGAAUGACACCUGGAACGAUGCUGCGCCGUACAACCGCCACUUUUACGCGCUUAUCGGCGAGGUUCUGCUCCGGCUGCGGGCAAACUACCUCUGGCCCACGCUCUGGGGCAGCAUGGUGUACAUUGACGAUCCCUACAACCAGCCUCUGCUUGAUGCUUUUGAGAUUGUCCUCGGAGGCUCCCACACGGAGCCCAUGAUGCGGGCGCAGAACGAGUUCCGCACCUUCUACGAGGGCCCAUGGCAGUAUGCCGAAAACAACGAGACGAUUGACGAGUACUUUCGCUACGGCGUCGAGCGUGCCAAGCCUUAUGCGCGCAACAGCGUCUGGACCAUGGCGAUGCGCGGUACAGGCGACACGGCCAUCGAGGGCAACCUCGGCAUCGACGCCAUCGUGAGCAUGCUCGAGACGCUUGUCGACAACCAGCGGUCGAUCAUCGAAGAAGGGCUCGAGAUCGAGUCGGCGGCCGAGGUCGACUCGCUCUGGUGCCUGUACAAGGAGGUCCAAUCGUAUCAGGAGAGGGGACUCGUCGUGCCAGAGGACAUCACGCUCCUGUGGGCCGACGACAACUGGGGCAACGUCCGCAGGCUGCCGCUCGCCAACGAGACGGACCGAUCCGGCGGUGCUGGUGUGUACUAUCACUUUGACUAUGUCGGGGACCCGCGCAACUAUAAGUGGAUCAACACGAUCCAGCUCGAGAAGACGGCCUCGCAGAUGUACCUGUCGUACGCGCGGCACGCGCGCAAGAUCUGGAUUGUCAACGUCGGCGACCUCAAGCCCAAGGAGAUCCCCAUCAGCCACUUCUUCGACAUUGCCUACGAUAUUGACCGCUGGGGCGCCGACGGCACGACCGACUGGGUCCGAGCCUGGGUCGAGCGCGACUUUGGCGGCACACACACGGACGCCAUCACGGACAUUUUGACACGCUACGGCAUGUACGCGGCGCGCCGCAAGUACGAGCUCCUCGAGCCGCAGGUCUACUCGGUCAUCAACUACCACGAGGCCGAGGCCGUGCUGGAGCAGUGGGCGGCCCUGCGCGAGGACACGCAGGCCGUCUACGACGAGCUCGACGAGGCGUACCAGCCCGCCUUUUUCCAGAUGCUGCUUCACCCUGUGCUCGGCGCCGAGAUUGUGUACAAGAUCCAGAUCAACGGCGCCAAGAACCAGCUCUACGCCGGACAGAAGCGCAACUCGGCCAACGAUGUCAUUCGCGAGUCGGUCGCUCUGAUGUACGACGAUUCGAACCUGACGCAGCGCUGGAAUGAAGUGCUCGACGGCAAGUGGGCACACAUGCUUGACCAAACCCAUUUGGGUUACGAUGGCUACUGGCAGCAGCCCAUGAGGAACACGCUGCCAGACCUGCGCUACGUCCAGGACGUGUUCCCGUCGCUCGGCGGCCAGUACGGCAUUGGCGUCGAAGGCUCGAAUGCCAGCAUCCAGGGCGACUCCAAGUGGCACGCGCUGUCGUCGAGCGGCCUCGAGAUGCUGCCACUGAGCCCCUGGGGCGCCGCGUCGCGGUACAUUGACGUCUUCAGCCGUGGCCCCAAGCACUGCAACUGGCAGGCCUCACCGUGGGAGCCGUACGUGCAGCUGUCGCAGUACAACGGCACCGUCGGCGGCGACAACGGCACGGACACGCGCAUCUACAUGACGAUUGACUGGGCCAGCGCUCCGGCGGCGCCCAACCGCACCGAAGUUUUCAUCAACAUCACCAGCGACUGCCGAGGCUUUGAGCGCUACGCGGGUGCCGAGCCCCGUCUCACGGCGAUUGUGGAGAGCGUGUCUGUGCCGGACAAUUUUACCGAAGGGUUCGUCGAGGCUGACGGUCACGUCGCCAUUGAGGCGUCUCACUACCAGAGCAUCUUCGAGGGCACAGGCGGAUCGUCGUCAUCGUCACCGCCGAACAGCACGGGCUCCAACUCGACGAGCGUCAGGAGGCGCCAAGACAGCAACGAGACGGCGCCAGCGUACCACACGCUCCGGAACUACGGGCGCACGCUGGCGGGUGUCGGGCUCUACCCGCUCGACUCGGAGAAGCUCGAGGUGGGCGAGGGCCCGGCGCUCGAGUACAGCGUGUACCUCUUCACGAACCACUCGGCGGCCAACGUGACGGUGUACAUGUCGCCGGGCGCCAACUACCUCGGCGACAACAACCCGCUGCAGUACGCGAUCGCGCUCUUCCCGGCGGGCGGCGAGCAGCCGGAGCCGACGGUGGUGACGCCGAUCGGGCCCAACGUCGGAUCCAACAUGCCCGACGGCUGGGGUCAGGCCGUGGCCAACGCCGUCUGGGGCCUGCAGGGCAACUACACGACAUCGUCGUUCAACGUCACGCAGGAGGGCGCGUACACGCUGCGCAUCUGGGCGCUGCUGCCGAACAUUGUGGUGCAGAAGAUUGUCAUUGACCUCGGCGGCGUGCGUGAUUCGUACCUCGGGCCGCCGGAGAGCUUCCUCGUGGGGAGGGACGAGAGGGGAUCCUACAACGGCACGUCCUUUGUGACGACGCCGGGCAUUGUCGGCGGAGUGGACCACAACCGGACGUCGUUGCCUGGAGGCGGCGAGUCCGAGGAGGCUGACGAGUCGAACAAGGCGUCGAACGAUGCUGGCGGCUUGGCGGUGGGAGGCUUCACGAGUGUGCUCAUGGUGGUUCUGGCGGUCGUACUGGUGCUAUGA